AUGAGCUAAUAGAAUUAAAUGGAUGAUGGAAAAUAACUUGAAAUAAUUGAGCAAUUAAUAAAAAUGAAAGGUGCAAAAGACUUAAAUAGUCAAAACAACUUUGGGUCUGCACAAAAUAACAUAGGAUACCCUCCAUCAUCUAGCUCUAUACCAAGAGAUUAGAAUUUCAAAGGAUAUUAAUAUGAUGAAGCAAAAGAAUAAAAUUAAGAUGAGAAAAGAAAAUUUGAAAUUGUUAAUAAUGUGCAAAAGACUGAAGAAGUUGAUAGAAUUCAAAAUAGCAACAGUAAUGUAAUAGUUCAAGAGACACAAUAAAAUUUAGGCAUACCAAACCAAAAUAUUUAAGAUUAAAGCAAUAUGUAAAUUAAUUAAUAGAAUAUUUAGUAGCAACAGUAUCAAGCAGCUUAUUAUUCUUUUUAAGGAUAGAAAGCUUAUUAGUAAUCUUAAACAUACCCAACAUAAUAAUAAUAAUUUUAUAAUAACAAUAUACAGCAAUAGUAAUAAUAACAAUAAUAUAAUUAACAAUAUUAAUACCCAAAUUAUAGCAACUAGUAUCCUUAAAACUCAUGGAACUAACAAUAUUAUUAGCAGCCGCCUGUUUAUAAUUAUCAUUAAUAGUAUGCUUCAUCUUAAAUUCCACAAUAAAAUUAUUAAUAAUAAAACCCUGUUGCCUUUCAAAACUCAUCUAAUUAUUAACCUAUUUAUUAAUAUUAAAAUUAAUAAGCAUAGCCAUAUUAUUAAAUAUAACCACAAUAAAAUGUUUACUAAUAAUAAAAUAUAGUAGGUAUAAAUUAAAAUUCUAAUUAUUAAACUUAGUACGCUGUACCACAAAUGAAUAACCCUUCAAAUUAGGUCUAUGAUUAGAAUUAAUAUUAAAUGUAAUUGCAAAAACAGACUCAAAAUAAUUAAUAAGUGUAAUAAAAAUAAUUUGGAUAUAAUAAUGCAUUGAAUUAGAAUUAAAAUUUACCAAAUAAUACUUUUUAAAAUAGAGAAAGUGUUCCUGUUUAUUAAAAUACAACACAAAAUUCUUAAAUGAUAAUUGGUAACUAAAUAAAGAAUACAAGUGAUUAGUUGUAGUUUGGAGAAGAAAACAAAUCAAGUAUUUCAUAAAGAACUUAAUCUUAACAAAAUAAUUAAUAAAUUGCCUCAUUUAAUAAAAAUUAAAAUUUACAAAGUAAUUCUUCUUAAAAAGGUUACUCAAAGCAUUUAAGAAAUAGAGAUGAUAAUUUUGACUAAAACAAUAGCUAGAAGUCCCAAAAAAAUAGAAGGAAUAACUCAAGAGAAAGAGAAAUAAGCAAUGAAAAGUUAUCUUCAAAAAAUGAUAUCAGUACAUAUCAAAGUAUGAGAAGCAGAAGAGAAAAUAAGAGUAAGUAUGGAAAUAAAGCAAGAGGUAGCAGUAGAUAUUCCUCAAGAACAUCUUCUUCGUCAUAAUCUAGGAACAGAUCACCUUCAUCGUCAAGAUCUAGAUCAUCUUCUUAAAAACAUGGCAAAAGUCGUUAUUCACGUAAGAAAAAUGACUCUCGCUCCAAUUCUUCUGAGUAUUCAGGAUCUUCUUUCCAUUCAAAAAGUAGUAGAAAUAAUAUAAAAUAAAAUAAGUAAAAUAAAUCUAAAAUUAAUAAAAGUAGCAGUCUAAAUGAUAUUAAUCAAAGUAAUAAAAAACCAUCCUCUCAAAUUAAAUCAUUAGAAAAAAUUCCUUAAGUUAAAAAAAAAAUAUAUUUAUAGAAUGGAAAUCCUGUUUCUACAGUUUAUAAUACUGAAGGAAAUGAAGAGAUUGAUAGUCAAAAAAAACCUGAAAUCUAAAUUACUAAGAGGUCAAUAAAGAGUAUAAAUUUAUCUGGAGGAAAAAUCUUUAAUGACUAAAAAAAAAUAAAAAUAAAUAAAACAUAAAAAGAUGAUUUAAUUUAACAAGAUUCUUAUGAUGAUGAAAUGAAAAAUGAUUAAAUUCCUAUAAUUGAGUUUAGUUUCAAAAAAGAGACACCUAAGCUAUGUUUAGGUAAGCUUAAUAUAUUUAAAAUGGAUUAAGAUGAAGUAAAUGAGGAAGCUGAAGAUAGUGUUUCAAAAGUGAAUAAGAUAAAUUAGUAACUAAAAGGAGUUAAACCACAACUCAGCCGUUAGUAGUUAGACUAAAUUAAAGACUCACCCUAAAAGCAGCAAGAAUAACCCCAAACUAACAAAAUAUCUUUCAGCAUUGAUUAUAAUUAACUUAAUAAUUAAGAACAUAGCAAUUCAUCAAAUAAUUAGAGUGAUUCGUUGAAAAAAAAGUUAUUAAAUUCUUAAAUGUACUCUUAUAGUAUUUUAGGAAAAGAAAAAAGGGGAUAUAGCCAAAUAAUUAACCUAAGAAAUAAAAUUACAAAAAUAAUUGAAGAUUAAGAAGAAUUAUUAAAUGAGUAAUAAUAAUAACAACAAUAACAGCAAUAAAUGAGUAGCAUAAAUUAAUCAGAAGUAAACUAAGAUGACUUCACAAAAGAUGAUAUUAUUGGAGGAGGAAUGAACCAAAAUAGAUAUUUCUGUGAUAAAAAAGGUCAAAUUUGCUUUAAGUGUGGUAAACCAGGUCACGUUAGAAAUGCUUGUGUUAUGAAUGAAGAAAAGGAUGUAUGCACUUACUGCUUAGGAGAUCACUUUAUGGCAAAAUGCACUUAAAAAGUAUGUUUCAAAUGUGGAGAAAUUGGUCAUGAAAGAAACUAGUGUCUUGUUAUGAAUUAAGAUGGCAAUAAUAAUUUUAAUAGCUACUAAAAGAAAAGAAUUCCUAAAUGUAAUAACUGCACUAAAAUGGGUCAUAUUUAGUAAGAUUGUGGAAUUAUUAGACCAAACUAUGAUGCAAAACAAGAACUCUCAUUUAGUUAUAAUUUCAAUGAAUAUGAUUUCCAAAAUUUGAUAUGUUUAAAUUGCUAGCAACCAGGACAUAUUUCUUGCUUUAAAAAUAUUUAAGUAUAUGAUAGUGUAUAUAGCGAAGAAAAAUUAUCAAAUAAAAUAAGAUAACAACUAUUUAAAACUAUCUACAUGAAUAAAUACAUUUAAAAAAAAGAAGAAAAAAUAUAAGACAUCAGCAUUUAAAAAAGCAUUUCAGAGAGUGAAGCUGAAUAAAAAAUUGAGGAAUAAGAAAAAUAAAAAGAUUUUAUAUCAUUCUAAAAUAAUGAAUAAUAUGAAUAAAAUUAUGAAAGAGAGCCUUUUAGCAAAUAAUAAAUUUAUGAUUAAAGCUCUGAAGAAGUCAUAAUUAAAUCUCCCCAAAGCCAAGGUUAUACAUUCUCAGAAAAAGAUGUGAGUUAAGAAGAAUAGUUUACAGAUUCUGUUCAUUAGCAUAAUGUUAAUUUUGAGGGAACAGUAUCUGAUAACAAUAAAUAAGCAUUUACUACGAAUAGCCAGAAUGUUUGA